AUUAUGUAGGGCCUAAAUUGGAUGUUGGGCCUAUUCCAACAGUUGGUGAAUGUGGGAUGACAUUUGGGCGAUGUCAAGGAAGGCUGAUAAAGAAGGCAAGGCAGUUGUUGGGUUUUUGCAGGUGGAUGAAGAUGAAGAAGGCAUAGCUGCUGGGUUCGAAAUCGAACCCAGCAAGCAAUCGAACCUAGCAUCAAACCCAGCAGCCGCUGGGUUCCUGCAGUGCUGGGUUCGAUUUCGAACCCAGCAGGCACUGUGUUCAAGCUGGGUUCCUGCAGGUGCUGGGUUUGAUUUUGAACCCAGCAGGCACUGGGUUCCGUUUCUAACCCAUGGAUCUGUUGAGUUCCAUUUGUUUCAAACUCAGCAGUCGUUAGGUGCUGGAUUCGAUUUCAAACCUAGCAAGCGUUGGGUUUUGUUUCCAACCCAACUGCAGUUGGAUCGAAAGAUCUAUUGAUUUCUAUCUGUUGGUUUGUUAUGUUAUUCUCGGAUUUAAUAUUAGGAAAUGUUAGGGUUUGCAGAAGGUGAAAGGAAAGGGAGAGGAAGAAGAAAGGGAAAAAGAAAAACAAAGAAAGAAAAAAAAAAGAAAAUUUUUAAAGUAAU